GGCAGCGUCUCUUCAGUCAGAGUGGAGAACCGCAGUUGUGGUAGAGAUCAGUGUGUUGCUGCUGCUGGGUGCUCCUCAUCUUGGAUUGAAAAUUGAGUGCAGCAUGUUUUGCCUAUGGAAACUCAUCCUGAUGCCAGGAUUACUGGGUUAUUUCUUGUGUCUGAAUGACUUGAUUGUUUCCUCCCUUGAGCUAAAAGUCCAUGUGGGUGAUUCAGCCCUGAUGGGAUGUGUUUUCCACAGCCCAGAAGAGAAACGUAUAACCAAGGUAGACUGGAUAUUCUCAUCAGGGGAGCAUGCCAAGGAUGAGUACGUGCUAUACUAUUACGCAAACCUCAGUGUGCCUGUGGGACGCUUCCAGAAUCGUGUGCGCUUAGCGGGGGACAUCUCACACAAUGACGGUUCUCUCCUGCUCCAAAAUGUGGAAGAGGCUGACCAAGGAAUCUAUACCUGUGAAAUUCGCCUUGAAAUGGAGAGCCAUGUGUUCAAAACACCAGUGGUGCUGCAUGUACUACCAGAGGAGCCCAAAGAGUUCACAGUCCAUGUGGGUGAUUCAGCCCUCAUGGAAUGUGUUUUCCAGAGCACAGAAGAGAAUCUCAUGACCAAGGUAGACUGGAUGUUUUCACCAGAGGAGCGCACCAAGGAGGAGAUUGUGUUGCGUUAUUACACCAAAAAAUUACCUGGGGGGUACCACCAGUAUGGGGGCCGCUUCCGGAACCGUGUAAACCUGGUGGGGAACACUGCCCACAGUGAUGGCUCCAUCAAGCUCCAAGGAGUGAAGGAAUCUGACAGAGGAAGCUACACCUGCAGUAUUCACCUGGGGAACUUGACAUUCAGAAAAACUAUUGUGCUACAUGUGAUUCAGAAAGAUCCUCAAACAUUGGUGACUGCAGUAGCUUUCAGACCUGAGAUCCUGGGUGGUAAUCAGCUGGUGACCAUUGUGGGGAUCAUUUGUGUCACUAUCCUGCUGCUUCCUGUUCUGAUAUUGAUUGUGAAGAGGACCCACAGGAAUAAGAGUUCAGUAACUUCUACAACCCUGGUAAAAAGUCUGGAGGACACAAGGAAGGCUCAUGCAGAGAACCAUGUUUAUUCCUCAAUAACUACACGGGAGGUGUUGGAGGAAGAAAAACCAAGUGAGAAAUCAGAGGCCACCUAUAUGACGAUGCACCCAGUUUGGCCUUCUCUGAGGUCAGCACCAAAUAACCCACUUGACAAAAUGUCAGCUGGGGGAAUGCCAAAACCAGAGCAAGCCUUUUAAGAAGAAAUGAGAGUUCCCUUCAUCUUUAGGAGUGGCAAAGUCCCUCCUCUGUGUGCCCUGAGUCACCGCACCAGUUGUUACAGACCCCCCACCCUCCCAGUUGUCCUCCUGCCUCACCUGUUGGUCAAGGGCUGAAGAUAGAGGGCUUGCAGCCUGGCAGAAAGAUGGGACAACUCUGGAGGAAUAGGCCCCAAUGAGAGGAGCAUGGACUUGACCCUCUGCAGUGGGACACUGGCUGAGCCGCCGUAGUAGUGUCAAGCAUGCCAUCUGAUCACACCCUCAGCUUGAACAGCAUUCUUUGUGGAUGAGUUACUGGGAAGAAUCACAGAAAUGAAAAUCAACCUAAAUGAUUCCUUUGGCACAUCAUCCCUGAAUAAAUGUGGUUUGUGGAAAUCA